AAGGGUUCGGCUGGAAGCCUAUCAACUUUAGUCAACUGGUCAUCGUCUUGGCUUGUGACAUUCACCUUCAAUUUUAUGGCUGAAUGGAGCGAAGGAGGUACAUUUCUCAUAUACUCGGCCAUGUGCUGUCUGGGUGUUGUAUUCAUUGCAAAGCUAGUUCCAGAGACUAGAAGGCGAACGUUAGAAGAAAUACAAGCAUCAAUUGCCCAUUUUUCGUAAUAGGAUGAUGAUACAGACGGGGUAACAGUGCAGAUCUCUGCUAUUUAUAACCAUUGUAUCUCAGUACCAGUGUUUAGAAGAUUUUAUCACCUCCAUUUUCUGUAUUCAAAGUAUCAAAACUAUUGUUGCCACCACGGUCCACCGCCUCAGUCCGGUCCAAUUCUGACUCUUAACUCCUUUGUUUUCUUUACGGCACCGUUUAGCAGUACCAAAAUAAAGGCCACGUUUGUUUGGUGGUCGGUGUUUGUGUCUCCGGUCAAUGCAUGGAUCUCAAAAUUAAUUACUUGUCAAUUC